AUGGAACACAAUUCAGUCGUUUCAGGGAAACUCCAAUUGCCAUCGAUAUCGAGCUCUCUACCUCAGCAUGAGGAUGUGCAACUGCAGGCUGAGUCACAGCUUCCAAACGGUUCCAUAGCAAGUAUAGAUAAGGACAGCACUAUUGACGCCGGUAGUAUUUCAAGUAUACAUUUGGUAAAGCCAUCAGAAUCUCAGACGAACUCGCAGAUAUCCACUAACCAGUUACAGGCUGAAUUACAGUUGCAGUCGGAAUCGCAGUCGCAAUCAUCGUCACAGCACCAGCUACACCCAAAAUCGUAUCUACCCCCCGAAGUGCAAUCGUCGGCCAAGCAUAAUGGAGAUGAAUCUCAGCCACAUGCACCUAUAAUUUCUACUGAUGCAACAUACCAUGUAACACCAGUGUACCGCGCUGCGUAUUCAGGUAUCGAUGUAUUUGAAAUGGAAGUCAACCAGUGUCCGAUCAUGAGAAGAGUGAAAGACUCGUUCUUCAAUGCUACCCAAAUCCUCAAAUUGGUAGGUCUUGAUAGAUCCAGAAGGUACAAAUUGCUUGAGACUGAAAUAUAUCAGGGACCACACGAAAAGGUUCAAGGAGGAUUUGGACGGUAUCAGGGUACUUGGAUUCCAUACGAUCGUGCCGUUUCUCUUUCAAGACGCUAUGAUAUAUAUGAUGUUUUGAAGCCUUUACUACUGUAUAAUCCUGUUGUCAGCGAGGUUCAGACUUUUUCAAAAAUACAGUUAUCAAGGAGCUAUUCCACUAUGACAGAAGCAGAUGCUGAUGUUACAUCUGGAAAUGGAUCUGGUCAUACUGCCUCGAAACAACCAUCUUCUGAUUCACCUACUAAGCGACUCAAGUUUUCCCACGACAAACCUUCUCCGUUGCACACAUUUGACCAUGAUACACGAUUGGCCAAUCCGAAUGCACCCUUUGCGUUGAAACCUGCUUCUGAAACCCUAGUCGAUGAAAAAUCGAAAGUUAUUCUGUCUUCACUUUUUCUUCCGAAUCAGAAGGAUGUUACGCUACUUGAAAUUGUUGGUGGGGAUGAAUCACAAUUAAACGGUGUCAAUAUUGAUACUCCGAUAGACGAUAACGGACAAACGGCAUUACACCUGGCUGCAACUUUAGGCAGGGUGCCAUUGGUAAAGGAUUUAGUUCAGAGAGGUGCGAACAGACUUCGUGGUGAUGAUGAUGGGCAAACAGCCCUUGUAAGAGCUGUCCAUGCUACUAAUUGUUAUGAGGCAGUUUGUUUCGACAAACUGCUGGAUUAUCUUUAUCCGGUGAUAACUGUUUUGGACCAUAAAGGUCGUACUGUAUUGCAUCACAUUGCUUAUACAUGCGGACGGAAGGGAUGCAGCGAUGCUUGUAAGUAUUAUUUGGAAACUUUACUUGAAUGGGUUGUGAAAAGAGGUCCUAUGUUACCUGGUAAUCAGGCUCUUAGUCUUACUAAAUUCAUGCAAGAUGUGGUCAAUAUACCGGACCGGAAUGGUGAUACAUGUCUCAAUAUAGCUGCCAUGGUGGGCAAUAAGCAUAUAAUUCAACAGCUUCUUGAGGUGGGUGCGGAUCCUACAAAGGCAAACAAAGCUGGCGUCAGACCGGUCGAUUGUGGUAUAAGUGUUCGUUGGCCAUUGACGACUACAACAACUUAUCGAGGAGAUAGUAACGGCGAGAGUGACGGCGAUGAUGACGAUGAUGGGAAUAAUUCAUUAAAACCACAGCAAAAUCAUUCCAUAUCUCAGGAACAAAAUAAUGAUAAGAUGGAUUCACAGACUAUGCUUGAACAGUCGGAAAUGAACCAGAAAAGUUAUCCUGAAACUAGUAAUAGUCUAAGGAUUCUCGAAUCUAUUCGUCAGUUUGUUGAAAAAUUGGGUGAGGAUUUCCAGGACGAGAUGAAAGAAAAGACAAAGCAGAUAAAUGGUCUGCAUCCUACCCUUAGAGAGAAAACUUUAAAGCUUUCUGAAAGACGUAAGCAAUAUGAGCAAUUACAAAAACUUGUGCGUACUAUUACAGAUUUGAAGACCAAGGUAGGAAAUCUAGACGGUGCUAUUCAAGAAGAAGACGAGAGAUUUAGUGAGGAUGUCAAAUCGUUACCUCUUAAUUCGUCUAAUUUCUCGGGUAAUUUUGAUGCCGACGAACCUUUUACUGUCUGGCCUGUGUUUACUGAAGUGGAAAGAAACAUAGAGCAGCUAUUGACAGAGAAGAAACAAAAUGAGGAGAGCACACAGAACGGUCAUAUAUCUGCUUACGAGGAGGGUAAUUCGGAUGCCAUUGGAUUGCUUCAGAGUAUGAAACCAGAGGAUUUGUUGAACGUGGUGAAAAAUAAAAUGGACGAGAAUCGAAAGAGUGGAGCCCCCGUAGACUUACCACCAAAAGUAGUGUUACGUGCACGCAUCGAUGCUUACAAAAAAAACAAUCAGCUCCUCAUAGAGAGAACGAAGGCACGAAGGUCGUCAUCUCAAGAAUUAGAGCAACAAUUCAAGAGAGUGAUCAGUCUUUGUAUUGGCUCGAAGCCUGAUGAUAUUGACGAUAAAUUGCUAGGAAGUUUACUGUUAAGUGUGGAGAAUGAUCCUGAUCCAGAGAUAGGUCAAGUUAAGAAAGUAUUGGAGAUUGUCAACGAUAUGGAGAAGUGA